AACUACGUGCCAGGGUUAGAGCAAGACGAGGUUCAUCUCUGUUAACUCCAUGGCCUGGACCGAAAAUACUUGCCCUCAGUAUCAGCAGUGUGACCAGGACACACAGAACGUCCAUAUAAUUCAACAUCCUGCUCUGGAGUGGCCCAACACCAUCAUACAGCAGCUCUCUGCUGCCAUGUCACCCCCCACUUCCCCCAUCCAACAAGGACAUGUCAAGCAGGACCUGGUGGAGCUGAUUAUGAUCCAGAAUUCCCAGAUGCACCAGGUCAUUAUGAACAACAUGACCAUGUCAGCCCUCAGCUCAACUGACUAUUCCCAGAACCAGCCACCGCCCAGCCGUGAGGCCAGCAGGAUUCUGGAGAUCUUUCAGCAGGAGGAGGAGGUGGAGGAGGUGUACCACUAUCACUACCACUAUCAGCCUGCCAUGGCCUACCUGCCCUACCCCGCCUGGGUGCCUCCACCCCAGCUCCACCCCAGCCUGGUCUACCACAACGCCCCUGAACCCCCAGAGCCAGCACACAGCUCCCCGCACAGAGACAUCAUCAGGAGGGCCGUCCCGCCUCUGCCCUCUUCCAGCACUGCCGGAACUGUGGGCCCUGUCAUCCAGGAGGGCCGUCCCACCUCCGCCCCUGUCCAGCGCUGACGUCCCACCUGCCACAGCGUCUGUCAUGAAUGUGUAGUGGACUAUGACACCACGGAGAGAAGACCGUGAUGACAGCCACCUGCAAGAUCACCUCCCUCACUGGCUGGACAUCAUAUUGCCACAGAAAACUAAAAUACAGCUCGGUAAUAACAGUAACGGUGGAAUUGUUGCUGAGUCUUGCACAAGUAGUUCCCUGUAUUUUGUAUUUUUGUAUUCACACACUUUAAUU